UUUUAAACGAAGGGAGCGUGGAGAGAGGGAAAAAGAGAGAGAGAGGAGUCUGAGAGUUUUGGGGCCGCAGUCUCCCCUCCGGCAGCUGUCUUGAUGUGUACUUUUGACAAGUAGUGACUGAGAAGUUCCACCAGGUGAGAAGAGUGAUGACCAUCCUUUUCCUUACUAUGGUGAUUUCAUACUUCGGUUGCAUGACGGCUGCCCCCAUGAAAGAAGCAAACAUCCGAGGACACGGCAGCAUGGCCUCCUACCCAGGUGUGCGGACCCAUGGGACUCUGGAGAGCAUGAAUGGGCCGAAGGCCGGCGCCAGAGGCCUGCCUUCCUUGGCUGACACUUUCGAACAUGUGAUAGAGGAGCUGCUGGAUGAGGACCAGAAAGUUCGGCCCAGCGAAGAAAACACUAAGGACGCGGACAUGCACACGUCCAGGGUGAUGCUCAGUAGUCAAGUGCCUUUGGAGCCCCCUCUUCUCUUCCUGCUGGAGGAAUACAAAAAUUACCUGGAUGCUGCAAACAUGUCUAUGAGGGUCCGGCGCCACUCUGACCCAGCCCGCCGCGGGGAGCUGAGCGUGUGUGACAGUAUUAGUGAGUGGGUAACGGCGGCCGAUAAAAAGACUGCAGUGGACAUGUCGGGCGGGACAGUCACAGUCCUUGAAAAAGUCCCUGUCUCGAAAGGCCAGCUGAAGCAGUACUUCUACGAGACCAAGUGCAAUCCCAUGGGUUACACAAAAGAGGGCUGCCGGGGCAUCGACAAGAGGCAUUGGAACUCCCAGUGCCGCACUACCCAGUCGUACGUGCGGGCCCUUACCAUGGAUAGCAAAAAGAGAAUUGGCUGGCGGUUCAUAAGGAUAGACACUUCCUGUGUGUGUACACUGACCAUUAAAAGGGGAAGAUAGUGGAUUUAUGUUGUAUAGAUUAUAUUGAGACAAAAAGUAUCUAUUUGUAUAUAUACUUAACAGGGUAAAUUAUUCAGUUAAGAAAAAAAUAAUUUUAUGAACUGCAUGUAUAAAUGAAGUUUAUACAGUACAGUGGUUCUACACUCUAUUUAUUGGACAUAUCCCUGACCAGAAGGGAAACAGUCAUUCGCGCACAACUUAAAAGUCUGCAUUACAUUCCUCGAUAACGUUGUGGUUUGUUGCCGUUGCCAAGAAUUGAAAACGUAAAAAGUUUAAAAAAAUAAUAAUAAAUUGCAUGCUACUUUAAUGGUGAAUUGAUAAUAAACUGUCCUCUUUCAGAAAACACAAAAAAAACAACAAAAAUUUGAACCAAAACAUUCCGUUUACAUUUUAGACAGUAAGUACCUGCGUUCUUGUUAGCACUCUCUGUUUUACUGCUUUCCACUUCUGAUCGUGUUGGAAUUAAAACAAUGUCACGGUGCUGCUGUCCUCGCUUUACUGGAUGGGGGAUGGGAGGGGCAGUACUUUUGUUUGUUUUGUGUUCUUUUGUUUGUUUUGUUUUGUUUUAUUUCUUUUUAAACUUUUAUUUUUCAGUUUCCACAGGGAGUGGAGAUGGGAAAAGAAUUUGUUCCGUAUGUGUUCUGGUUGAUAAAAGAUUCGCUUUUAGGUGGUAAGGAAGUCCGCAGUCUCAAUCAGAUAACUGAAAAGUGAAUGAAAAUGAAGGCGGUUGAACACCGUGCUCACACUCCACUUCCCGUGGUGCAUCUCCCAGGCUCUCCCUUGGGGCAGGGGCAGGGAAGCUGCCUCUGUCGGAAAGGUCCACUCCUCAGAGCACAUUCUUUCCCUCCCUCUCCCUUUGGACCCCCCCCCCCUUUGUGCUAUUGUUUUCUCUGAAGGAAAAAGGCCAGUUGCACACUUAGAAAUAUCUUACCAUUGCUCUCACGGAGCAAAUUUUGCCACCUGGUGGCACUAACAUAAGCAUGGAGAACAGUGACUUAAUUUCUUCUCUUUAGACAGUAACGAGAAAAACAAACAGAAAUAACCCCAAGGAGAAUUUGUUUUUGUUUUGAGGGGGUAGACAUUUGGGUUAGUUGUGGUAAAACUUGCAAAAGGUGGACUUCUGGGUGGUCCCCCAAGUACCUAGAUCAGAGCAGGAAUCCACAUUGCCAGUGAAAUGCCACAGAACAGUGCUGUCGAGGCCAUGCGGAGCUGACGGAGCGUUUCCAAACGGGUGGUGCGGAGGAGUUUCUGAGUGGCCAUCCUGAGGUCUAGGUCAGGGUAGGGAAGGGGACGUGAGACAUUCCAAAGGGGAGGCCUCUAAAGGACUCUCAGAGGUGGCUCUGGAAUGACACACGGACGGACGUGCUUGGCCCUCACGCUUUAAGUGCCUAUAUUACCUAACUGCUCGAGAGCGUCUCCCAGGAGGACCGUGUGAAAGCUGACUUACACGCUCCGCCCCUCCUCCUGGUGAUAGUUCAUUUUGAAUAAAGCUGGAUUUGCCUAGAGCAGGUGAGGAGCCAAAAUGUGGCAUUCUGAUCCUCAAAUAGAUGUACGGAGCUAGAAGAUGUUGGCUACGUGAACGCUUCUGCUGAAACUAGACUGGAGGAAACCAGGGUUUUAUCUUUUCAGAAUUACGUAGAGGGGAAGGGGUAGGCAAAGGCUCCAGGCUUCGUGACGAAGGCUACCACCCAUAGGCAAUCUGGUCCAGAAACACUCCAAGGAGGUGUCUGGGUGUCCAGAAAACCUAGGUUCAAAGGGGCCCUGCUCAAUGGAAGAGGCCUGGGCAGAAUUGGCAGCAUGUACUCCCCAGUGGAGGCUGUAGCCACCUCCAUCCUCUGUUUAUGGAGAAAGGACCCUUUCGCAUCUUGACCUAGAAGUCAAGUCGGGGGCCUGGAAGAGAGUCUCAGUGGUGCUGGGGGCAAAAUGGGCCUCAUCGAAAAUUCGUGCUAAACCCAUUUGCCAUUGUCCAGCCUUGAAGAUGUUAGUGGUCAGACCUGGUCAGGGUCACAAAUAAAAGAAAAUCCUAAAGUCAUUGCUGUAUCUUAGCCGGGUGAGGGCUAAACAAGAGAAUGACCACCAUGAUCCAGGGACUGAAGCUACCACCAGCAAGUCCUUUGCCCUGUUCACUCUUUCCUGUAGAACUCAGCCUGCCCUUUACACUCAUUUGCGUAUGUCUCAUUACAAGAAGGAAGUAAAUGAUCUUCAAGACGAAAUCGUUCAGGUUUAUUUUGUGCCGUUUGAAAAUAAUGUCUUUGUAAUUAUGUUUAACAUGUAAUGAAUGCUUGGAAGACUAUCUGCUGUAUGCUAACUUUUUUCAGCUUCCUUUGAGGGACACAUUUUUUACACAUGCCCCCCCCAGGCCCCGCCCCUUCCCAUCCCCAGGGGGGCGGAAGUCCCCAUCAACUUCUCCAUUGAUGACAAGGGCCAGAUGUUAGGUGGUUCCAUAGGCGACAUCCAGCAAUUGUGUGGUCAGCAGCAUUCUCUUCUCAGAUAAAAGAUACCACAGUCACAUGCUUGGUGGCUUAUGUUGACCUAAGAUUUAUUGUGUUGAAAUCUCCCUCUGUUGCUGUUCGUUUCUGUUUUGUUGUUGUUGUUCUGUUUCGUUGUUUGGUUUUUGUUCUUUAAGUCUUGCUGUGGUCCCUUUGUGGCAGAAGUGUUUCAUGCAUGGCAGCAGGCCUGUUGCUUUUUUAUGGUGAUUCCCAUUGAAAAUGUAAGUAAAUGUUUGUGGCCUUGUUCUCUCUAUGGUAAAGAUAUUAUUCACCAUGUAAAACAAACAAAAAUAUUUAUUGUAUUUUAGUAUAUUUAUAUAAUUAUGUUCUUGAAAAAAAAUUGGCAUUAAAACUUAACCGCAUCAGAAGCCUAUUGUAAAUACAA